AUGCUGCUCGACUCCUACACCCUCAAAAGCGGCCUUUCAUCCCUUCUUCCCGCUCCAGCUCCAGCAGGAUUCGUCAAACGCGUGAACAACAGCUUCUUCAAAAUCGAAGCCCUCCUCAAGACCCUCCAGGUCCACCCCUCACCGCCGGAGGCCCUCGUACAAGCCUACCUGGUUCACAUCGCGGACCGCAACAAUAACAAUUUCCGCAAGAUCCUCGACAUCAAAGGCAUCCGCAACCGCCAAGAGCAAAACCACCUUGUCGAGCUAUUCCAGCUCCACCGCGCAUCAGACCGCUACGCCUCGAACCUGCAGCAAAGCAAUCCAAUCCUCACAGCCUUCCAAAGCUCCACGGCGACUACCACCGGAUCUGUUUCCCAAGGUCUCAGCGCCGCUGCGUCCAUGCCUACCCGGUUUGAUCCCACCAUGCUCGGUUCUGCCAUUAUCUCCGCUGCAAAGGAUGGCGUAGAUCGCUUUGGAAACCCGCUGAGCUCUUCCCCCGUUGGCGGCACAGCGUCUACCUCAGCUCUAAUCGGCACUUCGGCAGCGUCAUCUCCGGCCCCGACAGCCCCUGCCCAGCCGCCCUCGCAUUCACAUACCCCAUCUGAAAGCACCGCUACCCUCAACGAGAACCUCAAGAACAUUGGAAAGUUCUUCCGUCGAGAUUUGGGUGGCUUUGGUGGUCGGUUUGGGAGGGGUGGUGAAGAGUAA